UACUGACAUGUUAGCGCAAUGACUUUUGAGUAACAUCUAACAGGGACGAGGCUCCCGGCGUGAGGAGGACAGGGCCCUUAACGGGAAGAACUAACGGAGCACUUUGCCAUCUGCCGGGGUGCGGGAACGAAAAGCGAGACGGCACAAGAGUUGAGACCAGUCCAAGAAUCAGCGGCGGAAAAUCCAGUUUAGCCAUUUGAAUUGAAAGAUGAGCUUGUUGUCUGCCAUAGACACGAGUGCCUCCGUGUACCAGCCUGCGCAACUCCUCAACUGGGUCUAUCUCUCGUUACAAGACCCCCACCAGACCAGCGCUUUUGACGCGUUCAGACCCGAACCCAACUCUUCCCACCCGGAUCUCAGUUUCAGCAAGACUCCCGCAGCGGCGGACUUGAGCUCUUCCCUGAACUCCAACUAUCUGAACAACUUCUUUCAGCUGCAGCGGAAUGAGGCCUUAAACAACAACGUGUAUAAGAAUGUGUCACCCUACGGCUCCCUGAACAACAUCGUGGAUGGACUCAACUCCCUGACGGACCAUUUCUCAGACCUUUCCCUGUCUUCAGAGCCAAGAAAACCCAACAAAAGACCCCCACCCAACUACCUGUGCCACCUGUGCUUCAACAAGGGCCACUACAUCAAAGACUGCCCUCAGGCCAGACCCAAAGGUGAAGGGCUGACACCCUACCAGGGGAAGAAGAGGUGCUUUGGAGAGUACAAGUGCCCAAAGUGUAAGAGGAAGUGGAUGAGUGGCAACUCCUGGGCCAACAUGGGACAAGAAUGCAUCAAAUGCCACAUCAACGUGUAUCCACACAAACAGCGCCCUUUAGAGAAGCCGGAUGGCCUGGAUGUUUCUGACCAGAGCAAGGAGCACCCGCAACACCUGUGUGAGAAAUGUAAAGUCCUGGGCUACUACUGCCGCCGUGUGCAAUAAUCGUCUUUAUUCAGAGUCACAGAGCAACUUUUGUGUCCCAACUCCUAUUGCUCGUCCUCCAUCAAGGCUGUUAACUUCCUCCCUUGCCCAGGUUUCCCACAGAGGAACGUGUUAACUGAGGAUCAACAUCCGUCUCUCCGAGCGAUCUUCAAAACUUGCCAAAUCAGUGAUUCUCCCACGCCUCAUGCAUCAGAAACCGCAUAACCCCAUUGACCCAAACUCGAUUUUUAACAACAGCUAAUCCUUGUGUAGAAGACUUAGCACCAGGCAUGUAUUUCAUUGGUAUCACUGACAGUAUUGGUCUCAAUAGAUUACCUCGCUUUGGGGUUUGUUGGCUUUGUGUUUACAGAGAUCUGCCUUCCAUUUCCCUGCCAAGUGAAGUGUGCGGUAAUGUGAUGAACGUUUAACCCGGGCCUCUCACCAUGAUAUAAUGUAUACGAGGCCUUUGAUGUCUUGCCGUAUAAGGGUCAGCAGCACAUCUUAUUAACUGUGAAUUAACUGAGGGACAAUGUGCCAUACAUCCCUUGCUUACAUUUGGCCUAUUUAUUUUCUUGUCGUCUAGUGUGCAAUUUGAAUUAUAACUGGGACAUAAAGAAAUGUUUUUUUUUUUUUUGAUGUUUGUAUAUCACAUUGUUGUGUAAUUGCUUCCACGUGUCUUUACAAACUACUGUAGGUUCAGUUGCGUAGAGUCGCUCCUCGCUUAGAUUUAGCGCAUUGCUAACAGAUAAGGUUUCAUUCACCCUCCCUGGAGUAUUUUUGUUGCCACACAACCUCUCACUCAUCUAUAGAUGUUAGGUAGGUAAGUUGUGUUUAUUGCAAAUCACAAGCAGACCAACUGAGAGGGAGCUGCAGGAGAACAGCAGCAGCUUCAGUAACAAUAAUCUUGCCGUCCACGCAGUUUCUUGCCAGCAUCAAAUAUUCAAUCUUUCAAAGUGUUUUGAAAAAUUGAAUUGCUUGCCACAAUUUGAUUAGCACUAUGAAGCAUAAUUGUACUGUUCACACGUAAAGCCUGAUUCGUUUUGAACCACCAGAUAAGUAAAAUACAAAAGGAGAUGUGUGUUUGAAAGAGAUUCAGAGAGAUGUCUGAGUUCACAAUAACUGCCAGCUGAUGCCUGGCAGUAUUCGUGGAGCUAAAUGGAAACUUUUCCAAGGGCUUGCACCCUUCAAAGCUAUGUCCAACAGCUUGAUUGCGGUGCAGAGAGUGUCUAGAGGGAGGUGAAGCGUCGGAGAACUGCGAUGUUUUCCAGGUUGGCUGAAAGACACAGUAAGAUUUAAUAGAGAAGGGCUGUGGUGAUGAAGAUUCAAGGAUAUACUGAAAGUGAUGAUGAAUUAAGUUUACACUUAUAUUCAUAUUUAUGAGUGCCUGAUAUUACAAACCAAUGUCUUUAAAGGAAGAGAAGUACACAUCCUGUUUACAUACAUCACCGUGCAAACCUAAAGCACUACAGAGGACAUUAAUGUAGUUUUGACUUAUAGAAACCUGCCUUUUAAGGAACCUUGUAAUAGGAAUUGUGAACUAUUUUAUAUGUACUGUAUUUCUAGCCUUAUAAAAGCUGGCUGACUAUAUUUUAUAAUGCAACAUACUGUAUGUGCCUUAAAAAGAGUUAAAUCAUUCUGAAGUAUGAGGACUUGGAGGCCAUUUGAAAUUGGGAAAAGACAUGUGGGGAUAGGCUCAGAGUUGGAGCAGUAUACGUGCAUGUGGUAACUGUGAUGCUUCGUAAGUUUAACGCAGGUUCAAGAUGUGACAAAGGACUAGAGAAUAAUACAGUUCCUCCAUUAGCAGUUAGAACUGGCACGGUGGGUGUUUGCUUCAACGCACUUCGCUGUGUUGGAGGCAUGGGCUGAAACAGCAUUUCCAGCUGGCAAUAACAAUCCUACUGUGGUCUGUUGUCAUGGAAUAUCAACAAAGAUGUUAUUUCUUAGUCGCUCCUCACGACAGAACGGAGUCGCAUUCGGAAUUGUGGACCUCACUCUUUGUUUUUUGUAUCUAUUGUAGUUGUGUUUAUCCGAGGAGCUGUGGGUUUUUGUCAAGAAAUACACUUGGUCACUUGCUUUAGUGGGAGAGUUUGCAGUGGCUGAUAAUGGUACCUUACAGUUUUGGGAAAUUUAGUUAAAUUCCAUCUGUACAGUUAAAGGGGCACUCCAGUGAUUCAGUGCUGCAGUUGCACAAAGUUGGGAGGCUUGUAAGAGACACUAAAGAACAGCCAACGCAGCAGAGGUUGAGAUAUCCUUCGUUUUUGUCAACCUCCUACAAUUCCCACAAUGCAAUGCAUCUUUCAUCAGGCUUCCCAUGCUUUGUGAAUGCCCACAUUUUUCAAACGCCACACCCCGAGUUUGUAACACAGGCUUUUUGUUAAAAAUGUGCAUCCGAGCCCAAAAAUAAGAAAGUCCUGAUGACGUAAUUCUGAUCAUUGCUGUUAUUUUCUCAGACUUGACAAAGCUCCUCCAGAGCUACAGAAGACAUUACACAACAGUUUUCACAGUCCGAGCAGCACUCCCGGUGACGAGCUAGCUGAACUUUGGUGGAGUGCCCCUUUAAAAGAGGGAAUUUGCAGUUGUGCAUCCAUAUUAUCACAAGUUAAAGACCUAAUCUGAAUCUCCUUUCAGGCCACCACUGUUGGGAACAAUCCAUUUUUCUUACUGUCCACAUCUACUUUCUUUUGCUCUGUGUGACGACACUAACCUGACAGGUCUUUACAUCUGAACCUUACUGUCCACAUGGCACCAUGUGGCUGCAGUGAGAGGAAUAGAUACCAAUGAUGCCUUAUGAACUAACCUCAUAAACAGGUAACAAUUUAAUUGUGAUUCAUAGAGUCCUGGCAGAACAGAAAUGAGAAAACCUGUUGGAGAGUUUGAUUCCGCCCAGCGACAUGUGUUGAGGAGGCCAUUUUAAAUGGCAAAUGAAGAGCCAAUGGAAGCAGUUGAUACAUUUGCAAAAAAGAAAAAAGAAAAAAAAAAAGGAAUCUCUGCUUUCAGACGUAAUGUCUUGAAUUUCAUAUACUUGACUUUUCUAGUACCUUUUCAGUUCAAAUUUGUUAUUUUCUAUGAAUGAGAUGUGUAUUUUGGAACACUUAAUAGAUGUUGAAAAUUUUAAAGCAAUCUGCAAAAACUCAAGAGUUAUUUCCCUGACAAAGAAAGACUGUUUUAUGUAUAUAUUUGAUGGCCAUCAUUUUCAAGAUAGUAGCUCUUUUAAAGUGUUAUGCAAUAUUGAAGCUUUUUUUGUGUGAAGAAGGGCCUAUUGCUGAGAAAUAAACAAAGCUGGGAGUUUGUUUGUUUUUUUCUUUAUGUUUUACAGUAAUCUGAGGGGUUAUCCUGCAGAAAUAUUUAUGGAAAGAUUUUUUACAACACUUUUUGUAUAGAAUAUGCAACAAGGUUACACUAAGAAGGAAAUAUUGAUGUCUACAUAGAAUAUUAUUAAAAAAAAAAGCUGGUACAUAAUUAAUACCCUUUCUCAAUUAUAAGCCAUCGUAUUUUUGUGUCUUGUUUUAUGUUAUAAGUGUUGAAUAACCCGCAAUGUUAUUCAGUUGCUAUAUGUAACUAAUUAUGAGCUGCCAUUUACAUCUAUACAGUCGCAUGUAUUCAUUUUGUAAACGAUAUUAUGAAGAUAUAUUGUGUUAACAUGCAGAAAUCUUUUUUUUUUUCUUAAUUAGUGACGGAUACUCACCACUGUAUAAGCACGUUAAACUGUGAGAUGUAGUUUGCUUAAAGCAGCAAUGACAAGAAACUAUUAUAAAAUGUUAUGGUGUUGUUAGUAGUUUAGGGAGUGUAUACUUUUGUCAAGAAAGCGUGUGUGACAAAGAACUAUUUUAGAGUUUGCAUGUGCAUGUGUUUGGUUUUUGAAUGAAAUAUUAUUUCGUGCAAUGUAUUACUUAUUUAAAUACUUUACAGUAGUUUGCUACAGUACAUAUUGUUUUUAACAUUAUCGGCAACUUUUGAUUGUUAUUAGUCCUGAAGUAUUUCAUUUACCGCUAGCGUAGCCUAAUACAUAUUUACUGAAUGUAAUGUGUUAACACGUACGUGGUCAAUUUGGAAAGUUGUGUUUGUAUUCUUUACUGUCUGUAUCACUUGAGAUGUUUGUAAUGCAGUAUUGCAAUAAUGUAAUAUUUGAAUUGGACAGAACACAGGCGUGAGGUAGGGGAGACGAUGAUUUUAGGAAACAAGGACAGUCAUGGUGACGAGAGUAGACCACAGGUCUGUUUUUCAUGUCCAUGAAACGGCAUUCCAAAAUGUGCCUUAUUUGUUAGUUGGGAAAACGUUUUAGUGCUUACGAGAGUUUGAUGAAUAAAAGUCAUAUUGAAUUAGA